AUGCGUUUCUCCACCAUUGCCAUGAUCGCCGGUGCCGGCCUCGCCUCCGCCCAGGUUGAGUCUUUCCUCUCCUCCGUUGCCUCUUCCAUUGGCGGCCAGGUCUCCACUGCUCUUCCUGGAGGCGGUGCCUCGUCUCUUCUGUCCUCCGUUCAGUCCUCGCUCGGCUCCCAGGUCUCUUCCAUCGCUGGCGGCGCUUCCUCUGCUCUCUCUUCCAUCGAGAGCAGCGCCUCCUCCGUUGCUGCCUCCAUCAGCGCUAGCGUCAGCUCUGAGGCUGCCACUGCUACCGGCUCUGCUGCCUCCUCUUUGUCCAGCGCCGCCGCCAGUGCCCGCUCCUCUGCAAGCGCCGCUGCUUCGUCCGCCCGCGCUUCCGCCUCGUCGGCUGCCCCCUCCUCCGGUGCUGCUGCCCCCACUGCUGCUCCCGUUGCUAUGGGUGCCCUGGCUGGCGGUCUCGCCCUCGCUGCUGGUCUUUUGUAA